AAUGAAGGAUUGGGAAAUCCGAGAGUGGAGAUCAAAUUGAGGGAUGAUGAACGCAGCGUGGUGAUCGAUGAGAUGAAGGGGAGCGAGAAAAUUGAAGGGGAGAACGAUGGAACUGAGGUGCGACGUAUAUCAGAGGAAACACGAUUUCAAUAA